AUUUUUAUCGUUAUCGGCGCGGUCACGCUGUCUCCAUCCCUAGUCAAAUAUUGGGAUGUACUUACCACAAAUGCAAGUUUUUCGCUUAAUACAAUUUUAUCAACACAUAAUUUAACGGUAGUAUUAAAAAGAACAGCUCCGGUAUAAAUUAUUACAUCAUACAAUUAAAUCGAUACAUAAAUAUUUAAUUUAAAUUUAACUAUUCCUUAGUCGUCUAAUUAAUGUGUUUAAAUGUGUGAGUUAAGUGGUAUUUUACAAAUAUUAAAAGACAAUAUGUGCCAUCGACCACAUAGCUGUCAUACAAGCAAAUACACCAGUUCCCGUUUAUUACGCACGUUGCGCUUUUGUUCCUCUUCCCGCUACGAACGUUUCUAGAGCUGCUGCUGCUAUGGAUGCUGCCAGGAAGCAAAAAAGGGUGUCUUUUCUGAGGAUUAAGUCAACGAAACUAUGUGAGAAAGUGAAGACAUUGGCUGCCGCUUUGGAAGAUGAGGCUGCGGUCUGUGAUUACUACAUGCUACUGGUAAAGCUGGAGCAGAUCGAGAAGGCAUUUAAGACAUUGCACAACGAGCUUGAAGAAUUGGACUGCACCGACAUCCAUAGUGGAUUGUGCGACAGCUUUGGGACAAUUGCCAGUGCUCUCAAGGCUUCCAUCAUGAGUGAAUUUGCUAGGAUUAGCGGAUACAUGACUCUGCAUUCUACGUUUCCGGGAGCAAAUGCAACUGCAGAUUUUGCCGGUCCACAGCCGCCACCUCGUCGUAGGCCAGGAUCAUCCCUUCCUUCUAUACAAUUGCCAAGGUUUAGCGGAGGAUAUGCGGAUUGGACGGACUUUUACUCGAUGUUCAAGACCAUUAUCGACAAUCAUCCAUACCUAUCCAACAUUGACAAGUUUCAGCAUCUGCGAUCUUGCCUGCGUGAUUCGGCGUUGGAGACAGUUCGUUUGCUGGAAAUCUCAGACAUCAACUAUAAUAUAGCAUUGGAUUUAUUGAAAAAGAGGUUUAAUAAUCGUCGUUUAGUUUUUCAUGCGCUGGGGCCUGGAGCUACAGGCUAUGGAGGAUGGCUUAGGCUCGAUGCUGCGGGAGAUUUCUGACAAGUUCAACGCUCAUAUUCGGGCGCUGCAGGCUUUGGGCACUCCUGAGCAGAUCGCAAGAUGCAUCAUCAUGCAGGUGCUGCUUCGUAAACUUGAUCCAGCGACUCAAGCCAAAUGGGAGGAACGUUUAGAGCACUCGGCCUUCGUCAACCUGAUUCCGCCAUGGAAGAAUAUGGCCUCGUUUUUGAAGCAGCGAUGCACGACAUUUGAAACAGUGGAUUUCGCUAUGGAAACCGAUGCGCCGAGCAGCCAGAAAACCUAACCAUUCUAAAUCAACACUUGUUGCCAUUAACCAAAACAAGCUGCGUGCUGUGCGUGCCCACAAAUCGCCAUAAAGAAGCCAAGAGCUUUUCCCUGUGUAAAUUGCCUUGUACCUGUGGGUGCACCAGACUCUCCUGCAUUUCGGAGGCCCUGAAGCUACUGCAGCCACUGUAUCUGUGCCACUUGGCACUUAGUCUCUGUCUGCGUCGUCUCAACCCAUCACUGAGUCCUCUGCUUCAGCGUCUACGGCAGCUACUUAUACCACUGAAGCAUCUAUCCCAGCAUCUACCUCUUCUACUCUUAUUGCCCAGGGUCUCAGUAAUGAUGUUGUUCUGCUAGCUACGGCAACAGUCUUGGUCAAAAAUCGUUCCGGAGUUUUUAUUCCCUGUCGAGCGUUGCUUGACUCUUAACUGCACUUAAUUACUUCUCGCUUCGCAAAUCAGCUUCGAAAAAUAAAAUCAUCGAUUUCAGUAUCAGGAAUAGGCGAUUCUACCUUUGUGGAUGGCGUUUCGUUCAACGUUAGCCUGCACUCUCGUUCAUCGGAAUACUCAACUCUCAUCACCGCUGUCAUAGCCUCUUCCAUAACCGACCGACAGCCAAGCUUCGGAAUAGACACUUGCAACUGGAAUAUUCCAGCGAACCUGCCACUAGCUGGUCCAGAGUUUUAUAGUCCGCAGCGUGUCAAUCUUCUAUUUGGCGCCAGCUUGUUUUACGAACUCCUCUGUGUUGGUCAGGUCAAGCUAUUGCCGGGAUUGCCAUCAAUUCAGAAUACUCGUUUGGGAUGGGUCAUAUCUGAAGGUUGUUCCCGUGUAAAGCAGAUGUCCUCUUUAAUGGUUUCGCGCGCUCCGGCAGUAGCUGCUGAGGAUAACCUAGACUAGAGACUUGAAGUACUGCUGCGACGGUUUUGGGAGGUAGAGAAUUGCACUGAACCCAUAGUAAAUUCAACCAAAGAAGAGCUAGAUUGUGAAAUACAAUCUGGAUCUCUUGGGAGAAUUGUACCAUCAAGCUCUUCGUAGAUUCUUAUCCCUUGAACGGAAAAUAGAUCGCCGUCCUGAUGUUAAAUCUCUGUAUGUUGCUUUCAUAAAAGGUCUAGGUCAUAUGUCUUUGGUUCCUGCAGAGUCAAUGAACUGCUGCAGUCAACACGGCCAAGUAUAACUUCUAUCGUGCUAUAGGCACGUCGGUGCUUGGAUUUGAGGGACUGCGUACGCUGUUAUGCCACCUUAUGCCUUAAAGAUGCUGUUGAAAGUCAGGCUUUCAACGCGGGGAGUAUGUUGGGUCGGGUCAAGCAGCAUAACGCAUAUGCCUACGCUCGGCAGCGGCUGUUCUGCAUCAGCUAUGUCUCCCGCUGCUUUCGUGUUGCUGCUGCACCUGUUGUGUUUAAGCAGCUCUCUCGUUCGUCAUCUACCGCUCGUGAUCGGCUCAGAAACCGCGCCGCUCAAAACUGUGUCUUCGACCACAACAACGACAACAACCACUUCAAUUGCUCAGCGCCCGAUACUGUCGAUCCACUGCGACAAGCCCCACCUCUCCCAACCAAUAAGUUCGAAAAAUGCCAACGGAGCGUUUAUUCAGACUGGGCUCGAUCGCUAUGUGCUAUCAAAAGAAAAUUGUGCCCACAAAAUGCGAAGAACAACAAUGCAGCACAAAUAACUAAAAUAGCCGAGAAUAGAGCACCCAAGGCCAACAAAUUAAGACCGCCACCUAUUUAUGUUCGACAGGCAAAUUGUG